AUCUGGUAUAAAGGGAGGCGGCAGUCUGGGAGGGACACAGCAGUGCUCUGCUGUCUAGGAGAGCCACACCCCCUCCGCCAGCAGCCCAGAGCCAAGGCUCACUGCUGCCAAGCAGGACACGCCGCCAGUCACAGGCACCUUCGAGGACAUCAGGAUGCAGAUGUCUCUGAUGCUUGCCUGCCUCACCCUGGGCCUGGCCCUCGUCUUUGAGAAAGGGGCCACCUUGCACCCUCAUGAGUCGCAGGUGGCCCACCUGGCCACAGACUUUGGAGUGAAGGUGUUCCGGCAGGUAGUGCAGACCUCCAAGGACAGCAACGUGGUUUUCUCACCCUUUGGGGUGGCCUCGGUACUGGCCAUGCUGCAGGCGACAACGGGCGGAAAAACCAGGCAGCAGAUUGAAGCAGCAAUGGGAUUCAACAUCGAUGGGAGGGACGUGGCCCAUGGUCACCGUCUAAUGUACAAGGAGCUUAUGGGACCGUGGAACAAAGAUGAGGUCAGCAUCACCGAUGCCAUCUUCGUCCAGAGGGACUUGAAGCUGGUCAAGGGCUUCAUGCCCCACUUCUUCAGGCUCUUCAGGACCACAGUCAAGCAGGUAGACUUCACCGAGGUGGAGAGAGCCAGGUUCAUUAUCAACGACUGGGUGAAGACACACACGAAAGGCAUGAUCAGUGACUUGCUUGGCGAAGGGGCUGUGGACCAGCUGACGCGCCUAGUGCUGGUGAACGCCCUCUACUUCAAUGGCCAGUGGAAGUCACCCUUCCCAGAAGCCACAACCCGGUCUCGCCUCUUCCACAAGCUGGAUGGCAGCACCAUUUCCGUGGCCAUGAUGGAGCAGACCAGCAAGUUCAACUACACUGAGUUCCUCACUCCUGAUGGUGAAUACUACGACAUAGUGGAGUUGCCCUACCAUGGGGAGACCCUCAGCAUGUUUAUUGCCGCUCCCUACAAAAAAAAGGUGUCUCUCUCUGCCAUCACCAACAUUCUUGAUGCCGAGCUCAUCAGGCAGUGGAAAGGCAACAUGACCAGACUGACUCGCCUGCUGGUGCUGCCCAAGUUCUCCCUGGAGUCAGAAGUGGACCUGAGGAAGCCCCUGGAGGAUAUGGGGAUGACCGACAUGUUCAGGACGGGCCAGGCGGACUUCACACGGCUUUCAGAUCAAGAGCUUCUGUACGUAUCUCAGGCACUGCAGAAGGUGAAGAUUGAGGUGAACGAGAACGGCUCGGUGGCGUCCUCCUCCACAGCCAUUGUCACCUCAGCCCGCAUGGCCCCCGAGGAGAUCAUCUUGGACCGACCCUUCCUCUUUGUGGUCCGGCACAAUCCCACAGGGACAGUUAUUUUCAUGGGCCAAGUGAUGGAGCCCUGACUAUGAGAAUAGAAACUUGCACCUGGGACAAAACUGGAGAUGGAUUGGAGAAGAAAUUUUGUUCUAAUGACUUUUCAGAGAAAGAGAAGACAUUUGCCUUUUUCCCUCCGUGGUAAAUCUUUCCAAUCAGCCUCGUAGACCUUAGCCUCUGUGGGAGGACCCGGAGUCUGACUCUGGCUGGGAACCCCCAGGGGAGACCCCUGGAGCAUGAAGGUCUUCAGCCCAGGCUGUAGGACCUGCAGAACUGCGGACCAAAUGCAUCUGCCCACCUCUCUGCGAUUUGGGUCUUCAGAUCUGGUUGCCCCCAAGGCCCUGGCAGACCAGAACCGUGAGGCUUGCAGGAGCUUGUGCAUGAUUGGUAGGGACGAUUUGUGUUCCAGUCACGCUGCUGUCAUCCCUGCCCUGUCUGCCGCUGAGGUGGCGGCUGGUGAAAGGCCGAAGAAGGAAAGCUCUUUCAUCUCAAUGUCCAUCCCGACACUGACCACUGCCCCCUCUCAGAGGGGCUUCAGACUGGCAAAGCAAAUGCCAACCCUCCUUCCCCAGAAACAGUGUGCAGAUAUCAUUCUGGAGUGUAGGUGAUUGUUUACUCAAAGAAGCAGGUUUUUGCUUCCCACAAACUUGAUUUUUGCAGGAAUAGAAGAAGAAAGGUCAGAUGUGUCCCUGGCUCUUCACCUGCACCCAGUCUCCUGGUGGGGAGAGUGGAUGUCAGGGGUGUGCUUGAAUAUUUACCACAUACUUGCCUUUGUGUGCUUGUUACAGAGAAAGAUGAUUAUUAAGGGAAAAGUAUUCUUUAAGCUUGUGCAUGGUGUUCUUUUGUGAUUUGUUGCCAUCGCAUCUCAGGAGUUUGGCUCUCCAGCCUCCACCCCUCUGGGUGCAGACGUGACGGGCCCCACACUGCCACCUGGUGGCUGCCUCGGUCCUGCGCCUCCUCUUUCCACUUGAUGGCCAAGGGCCCCCACCAAGGUGACCCAGCCAUACCCCACACUAGGGAUCAAAAGGAUGGGGUGGGUGACAUGACAGAGACUUGAGUGAGGACACAGUGGUUUCAAAUUUUUCCAAUAUAUUUAGAACAGAAAUGCAAGGGGCUGCAUGACCUACCAGGACAGAACUUUCCCCAAUUACAGGGUGACUCACAGCCGCAGUGGUGAGUCACUUCAAUGUGUCAUUUCCGGCUGCUGUGUGGGAGCAGUGGACACGUGAGGGGGAUGACAGAGACAGCCAGCAUGGACUUGAGCACCUUGUUAGAUAAUCUUUCUGAAACCCUCCUAGCUGGGGGUAGGCAGGAAGGCCAAUUUAUUGAAGAAUUACAUGUGGAUGUGAAAUGAAUGUAACCUAAUAGAAGUCUAAUCAUCCCACCAUGUUCUCCACUGAAAAAUCCUCAUCUGUUUUUUGGUUUGGUUUUUUUCUUUUCUUUUCUCAUGAUGCACUGGACAAUGACAGCCACCUGCAGCACUUGUAGGGGUCCCUAAAUGUGGGGGGGUCAAACGUUCUUGAAAUUGUGCCAAACUAUUUACAUUUUUACUUUUGAUAUAUAAAUAAAAAUGUAUCUUAAAAAUAAUAAAAUAAAUAUAAAGCAUAUGACAAACA